UCAAUGACCUGCUGAUCAGCUGCAGCCACUCACCAAUCAAGCCAGAGCGACUCCCACCCACCUGAGCCACAGGCUGUGCUCCAGAGGCAGAAGAAACUAGCCGGGCUGCAGUUAGGAGCUCCGAGAGGGUUUCAGUGUGAGGAAGAACUCUUGUGUUUGAAAGGGACACCAAAAUUACAUUCCUCUGCCUCCCACCUGUGUCUGAAGACUGAGAGAACACGGGAAGUCCGUGAGCCCGACGAUGGAGGAGACCGGCGGUGGCGGUGGGUCGUCCGAGAGCCCCCGGCCCGGCCUGGGCAGGUUCGGUGCCGCCAAGUGCGGGUGGCUCCGGAAGCAAGGCGGCUUUGUCAAGACGUGGCAUACGCGCUGGUUUGUGCUCAAGGGUGACCAGCUGUACUACUUCAAAGAUGAAGACGAGACCAAGCCCUUGGGAACCAUUUUUCUGCCUGGGAACAAAGUCACGGAACACCCAUGCAAUGAAGAAAGCCCCGGAAAAUUCCUCUUUGAAGUCAUCCCAGGCGGGGACCGAGAUCGGAUGACAGCCAACCAUGAGACCUACCUCCUCAUGGCGAGCACACAGAAUGACAUGGAAGACUGGGUGAAGUCGAUCCGCAGAGUUAUCUGGGCACCCUUUGGAGGAGGAAUCUUCGGGCAGAAACUGGAAGACACCGUCCACUACGAGAAGCGCUAUGGGCCCCGGCUGGCCCCGAUGCUGGUGGAACAGUGCGUAGACUUCAUCCGCCAACGGGGACUGGAGGAGGAGGGUCUCUUCCGGCUGCCCGGCCAGGCCAACCUGGUCAAGGAGCUGCAGGAUGCCUUCGACUGUGGGGAGAAGCCGGCUUUCGACAGCAACACGGACGUGCACACGGUGGCGUCGCUUCUCAAACUGUACCUCCGGGAACUGCCCGAGCCCGUCAUCCCCUAUGCGAAGUACGACGACUUCCUUUCCUGUGCCAAGCUGCUCAGCAAGGAGGAGGACACGGGAGUUAAAGAAUUAGUGAGGCAAGUCAAGAGUUUGCCGGUCGUCAAUUACAAUCUCCUCCAGUACAUCUGCAGAUUUUUGGAUGAAGUCCAGUCUUAUUCGGGGGUCAACAAGAUGAGCGUACAGAACCUGGCUACGGUUUUUGGCCCCAACAUCCUGCGGCCCAAAGUGGAAGACCCCUUGACCAUCAUGGAGGGGACCGUGGUGGUGCAGCAGUUGAUGUCCAUGAUGAUUGGCAAGCACGAGCACCUGUUCCCCCAGGAGGCCGAGCAGCCAGCAGGCAACGACAACAACAACGGUGACGAGCCCCUGCAGAAGAAAGGUGGUGGGGGCGGCGGCGGCCAGCCGCAGAACCGAGAGAACAACAAUAGCCGAGAGGGGCCCGGGCGUCGGUGCUCCUGGGACAAGGCCGAGUCUCCUCAGCGCAACAGCCUGGACAACGGGUCUCCCCCAGGCCCACCGGGCAGUAGGGCCAACAGCCCAAGGAACGGGGUCCACAAGCCCGAUGUGUGCCGAAGCCCCCCUCUCACGGUGAAGAAGAACCCGGCCUUCAACAAGGGCAGCGGCAUCGUCACCAACGGCUCCUUCAGCAGCAGCGGGGGUGCGGGUGGCCCCGAGGGUCCAGAGAAGACUCACGCCACCCCGCCAGGGAGCCUGGCGGCCCGGAGGGCGGCCUCCCUCAAGGGUCCGGGCACCAAGAUGGGCACACACAGCGUACAGAACGGCGGGGUCCGCCUGGGUCUCCUGAGCACAGAGUCCCCGGCCCACGCGGCCAACGGCAGGGGCCUCAGCUGGUUGCCCAAUGGGCACGUGACCCUGAGGGACGGCAAGCCCAAGGAGCCGACAGGUGAGGCGGCCCAACACCACCGCCUGUCCACCUAUGACAACGUCCAACAGCACUCUGCCCCGGGGAGUUCGGACGACAAGCAGAGCGUGGACAGCGCCACCUGGUCCACGUCCUCCUGUGAGAUCUCCCUCCCCGAGAACUCCAACUCCUGCCGCUCCUCCACCACCACCUGCCCCGAACAAGACUUUUUCGGGGGGCAUUUCGAAGACCCCGUGUUGGACGGGCCCCCUCAGGAGGAGCCCUCCCACCCCGGGGACGCCGAGGGCAAGAGCGAGCGGAGGAGCGUCGGAGGCCGCAGCAGCCGGGCCACCAGCAGCAGCGACAACAGCGAGACCUUCGUCGCCAACAGCACGGGCAUCCACAGCGCCCUGCACAGCCUGGUGUCCAGCCUCAAGCAGGAGAUGACCAAACAGAAGGCGGAGUACGAGUCCAGGAUCAAGAGCCUGGAGCAGCGCAACCUGAGCCUGGAGACGGAAAUGAUGACCCUCCACGACGAGCUGGACCAGGAGCGCAAGAAGUUCACCAUGGUGCAGAUCAAGAUGCGCAACGCCGAGCGUGCCAGGGAGGACGCAGAGAAGAGGAACGACAUGCUGCAGAAAGAGAUGGAGCAGUUCUUCUCCACAUUCGGGGACCUCACGGUGGAGCCCCGCCGGACCGACCGGGCCAACACCAUAUGGAUCCAGUGAGAGCCUCCCUCCUCACUCCCAGAGACCCUCCGACAACGGGAGGAGGGAGAGAGGGUUGUGGGGCUAGUCCCCAGACGUCCGUUCACGUCCCUGAGCGAACCAGGCAUCCCCUUGGAGGGUCCUGGGCUUCUGUCGUCCCGGACGCACAUAUCCAGUCGCGUGCUGGGCCGGCCCACGCGUGGGAUCUAGAGGAAGAUUUUCAUGCGAGUCGUGCAUUUCCGCUGGUGAAUCCAUGUGUCGUGGCAAACCGAGCUUCCCCCUCCCCUGGCCCCCCGACCUUGCACUUAACAUAAGCUAUUUUUGGCAUAGUGUUACCGUCAGCUUAUUUUAUAUAGCAGAUGUUUGGGUUACCCCUCUUGCUGGGGAAAAUGAAGAGAAACAAAUCUAUAUAUAUAUGUGUAUAUAUAUAAUGUUAGAUAUUAAAAACGAAAGAAUAAAUCGUGGCUGUGCUGUUUGUGCCAGUGGACUUGCCCAUGACCAAAAGAGUGUAAAUAAUUUUAUAAAAUAUAAAAGUUACCACCAGAAAAGUCUGGUCUCAUCUGUAGCAUCUCUGAGGGCUAGAU